AAAUCCAGACAGUGUGUAUUGAAUUCGAAAUGAUUUCCAAUUUCUUGCCUCGUGAGGACGGAAUGCAUCUGGGAUAUUCUCUGUGUGUGAGGAUUGAAUGAUGGAUUUUCUGUCGCUCUCGUUGGGUGAAUGGCCAGGCUGCCGUAAGGACAGUGCAAUCCCUUCCGAACAACAAGUCUGAUCCAAUCCAUGGCUAAAGUACAAUGCCUUAGGCGACCCUUAGAUAAACAUACACCAAAAAACGGAUGAUUUAAAGUGAACGAAACACGGGUACUUUCCCUCUUUCAAGCCUCGCCAAAGAAUUAUGGAUAGCGAAACACCUCUAACGAACCAAGUCUGAGACAGUACCAUCGAUAGACAGAGUAGCAUACACUAUCAAGAUUGCCAAAAUUGGGUUGAAAACAGUACAUCUGCCAUCAAACUGACUUUUUAAUGGAGACUUCUCUCACUGUUUUAGCAAUCCGUUAUGAUUUUAUCUAUACAUCGACAGGCAAUCUUGCCCUUGCAACUGAAGGUCUCUUCAAAUGCCCGAUUCGCUUUUGUUUGUACAAAAAUUAGAGGCUUCAGCAGAUGUUGGUUCCUUGCUUACGUGGAAAAAUGGGAACGUUAUAGAUACGCUGGAAUAGCUCAACAACUGCGAACGCUGUAAUUCUUACGGCGGUGAAGGAGCCUGGAAUAAAAUUUCAAGGUACUUGAUGUUAGUAUAAUCGACAAAGCUGGCCAAGAUGGUUUUACAUUCAGCCCUUAUGCAAUCGACUGAAGCAGAACAUCCAGCCGGGAAUAUGGCGGAAAAGCAUUCGUAAGGAGAGGACACAAAGGGUCACUGAGUCAUCUGCGAAAUCCGGAGCAGUGCUUGCAUAUGCUACCAGACCUUCUGACCAUCUUGAUGGCUACAAAGGUGUAACCUCUGUAGAUUGAUGAAGAUGAUAAAUAUGGCGAAAAGUGGACUGCAAUGCCCUUCAUUUCUGCUAUCAGAGGAUUAUGGUCGUAAUCCUUCCUGCUCUCACACGCUCACCGCUAAGCUCUGAUUGAGGAAGAGAUAUCUAGCCAAAGGCUAAUCACGGAUCUCUGCGAACUGUUUUAGCUAACUUAAGAAGACUUGCGUUGUUGUGGCGUUUGGGUGUGGUGGAGAUAAAAGAGAUUCGGGGCAACUGGAAUGAAGAGGCCCUCGAUCGCUUGUAGGAUUGUAGGCGUAUAAUGAGCGAUUCAUUAGUUCAGGUUCUAGAGACAUCAACGAUGACAACUGAUCGAACAAGCAACAAAGAUCGUACGCAUUCCAAGGAUGGUGAAUCGCACGCCUCUCACGGGCCGCACGACCCAGCAGCGCCUCAGGAUCACGCGAGUAGGGAGCUACCAGAAGGAGAAACGCUGGAGGAACGCGAAACGCCUACCGCGGAGGCUGAAAGUCGCAACCAAAACGGACAGGAAAAGGAUGACAAGAAGGUGUCAAUAAGACAACCACAGAAUCAGAACAGAAGGAAACAACCUGCAAACCUUCCAAAAGCACAACAGCAACAGCAGCAGCAAAAGUCAUACCAUGGAGGACGAAACAUUCGUUCAAGUCCAGGAGGAACAUGGCAAGCAUACCCUUCGUGGCCUGUAGGAUUCACAUCACCGCGUUUCCCACCAGCAGCUCCUAUAUAUGGCUAUGCACAUCCCGGGGCAUAUAAUAUACCAGGCAGUCCACCACCAACAUCAGGACAGAGAAGUUUAUCAGUUAGUGACAAUCAAGAUGAACCUGAAGAGAAGCUUAGCAAAACAAACCUAUACAUUAGAGGACUUUCCCCUGGAACAACUGAUGAAGAUUUAAAUAAUUUAUGUAGCAGAUAUGGAAAUAUUAUUUCAACAAAAGCUAUUCUAGAUAAGAACACUAAUAAAUGUAAAGGGUAUGGAUUUGUGGACUUCGAGUCACCCACUGUGGCUCAAAAAGCAGUUACCGCCCUGAAGAACAAAGGAAUUCAAGCCCAGAUGGCUAAGCAACAAGAACAAGACCCCACCAAUUUAUAUUUUCUAUAUCUACCACGAGAUUUUGAUGAAGCGAAAUUAGAAGCAUUGUUGAGAAGAUAUGGCAAAGUUAUAUCAACAAGAAUUUUAAGAGAUACUGACCAUGAGAGUAGAGGGGUAGGAUUUGCAAGAAUGGAAAAUACACAGAUUUGUGAACAGAUAAUCAAAGAUUUUAAUGCUAAAAAGAUUCCUGGUAGCAUUGAACCACUUGUGGUCAAGUUUGCUGAUGGAGGUCCCAAGAAAAGGCAACAAACUCAGCAAAACCAUGAUAAUUCAUGGCAAAUAAGUAGACAGGAGGGAGUACCCCUGCUUGGAUAUGGUGAACCACUAGUCAUGCAAAAUGGAUCAACUGUAGGCAGUUCAGGAAGAGUUAUGACGACUCAUGCUGCAGUCCUCCCAGGACAGGGGACAGCAUUUGUACAAACAAAUAUUCCAUUAGCAUACCAACUUGCGACAGGAGGAGGUGGAAGCUGGCUUGCACAUCAACCUUACAUUCAGAUGCAACAUCAACUACAACCAGGUCAGCUAGCAGCUGCUGCAGCAGCAACAGCAGUAACACCAUCAUCAAUGGAGCAUAAUGUUGGGGCUUUGCAGCAGAGCUCUGUGCAACAUCUUACCAGUCAGAUGAACCAGCUUCAGAUGUCAGGCUCGCAGUACUUAACCAGUCCAGUUCAUGGCUCAUUCUCACAAGCUUCAUGGCAAAUGAUGCAUCAGCAUGGACAACCACAACAUCCACACCCACACUACAUGUCAGUAGAGGAACACUCAAUGGUCGGUGAAGGAGAUCCUCUUGGUCCACCCAUGUCCCCACAAGCAACAGGCCUGCCGCAACACCUUGCUGAUCCUGGUCAAGGGUUAGAUGAACAUAGAAUGGCAGGCUACACGUCGCAUUACCAACAAAGAAAAUGAAGAUGGAAGAAAACUGAAACCACGAAUUAUUUAAAUUUGACGUGAUGAAAGGUGUCAAUGUGUUCCUGAAGAAUUGAAAGUAACCUUGGAAAAUGAAACGAGUGAGAUUUUACACGCCAUAGAGGCACCUGAAGGGAUCAGGAAUGGGUAUUAAUUUUACUUAAAUCAUAUGGCGAACUUGAUGUUGUCGGUUGUUUAAUUAUUUGUUUUUCUCUUUUCUUUCAACUUGGAGAGAAAUGGAGAGUCUAUUUUUUUAUAGAUCUGUUUUGUCAAAUUACCUCAAAGAGCUCCAUCUAAUUUGGUGGAAUCUUAAAAAGAACGGAACGAAAGGCAAUUUUUUCUGCCCUAGCAUGAUUUAUGAAAUAUUUCUCGUGGAAAACACGAUCACCGCGAAAGCCACAGCCCAAUUUCUAUCGAAACGCACCACCUGAUAAGCAAUUCCAGGAACCUCCUUAUAAGCAAUACUUAAACAUGAAAUGGAAUUAGACAGCUGUUACUUUUUGGCUACUGUCAGCAGAUCGGCCGAAGAGUCGUGUGAAAACAUUUAAAAGAGAUCCUGUGUGGUGGUAGGCUUAAUUAUAUUCAGAACUUAAUUUUUUUCCAAUCUCCAUCUUGCGUGGCAGAGGCGGGGUGUGCGUGAAUUGAAGUUACGUGCCCAGACAAGGGGACACAUUCUCGAGUCACGUGUAACCUCUCCUAAGGGCGAGAUUGGUUGUUGUUUCGACGAGAAAGAAAAGAUAAUUUGUAAUUGUUGUUGUUGUUAUUUUUUUUUAACAAAGAAGAGAGGAAACCUAUUGUGAUUGAUCCAUAUUUAAUUCGUAAUGGUUCCAACUGCAGUUGUAAGGAAUAGGAAUCGCACGUUUGAGUGAACCCAGCUCCUUAUCUCGUUCUAUGUGAAUUGGAACAACAAAUUGCCGAAUCAGCUGUAGUUUGAGCUAUUCUUUAUUGUUUAUUUUAUGAAAGAUGCAAUGCGAAUUUGUACAGAGCUCACGCUAAAGACAUUUCAUGUCCAGAUUAGUCAAUUAGGUACUACAGACUGAAAAAUUUAUGCUUGGGAAAUGGCCUUUUUUAAUUAUAGGUUAGUGAAGUACAUGCACGGUAAUUAAAUAGAAUGAGAGUAUGACCUUAAAGAGAGAAUUUCCUUUCAGAAACAAGGGAAUUUCUUGUACUUAUAGAAGUCCUAGGCGCCCUUAGUCAACAACGAUUGCAAAGGCUCAGAGAAAUGGCGUCAAGAAACAAACUUCCAGAACACUUUCUAAAAACGUUAUUCGAACAAUCGAAUGUAAAGGCGUCAUUGAUAUUUUAUGCAUAGACGUCGUAUAUGUCUAAAAUACCACAAACAAAUCACAAUGAAACUUUCGAGACAGGGGACAUAAAAACAUUAUCUAAGUUGUGAGUACUGCAGAGGAAUUUCCUCUGAAAGGUCAUUCUCUAUUGCUUACAAAGCCCCAAUUGCAUCAUACUCUCUUUGAGCUAAAGGUGUCAAAGCAUUUCGAGAAUUUAUUGUACAUAAGGUGAUGAUAGAGAGCUUUCCUACCUUUAAGCAGUUAUUUGUUCGAAAUCAAGAAAUUUUUGUUGAAUCGUCUUCGCCUCUGUCAGGAGCCGGUUUUAUAGUUGAUGUUAUCCUCUGUUUUCAAUUUUUUUUUUCUAACGUCCAUUUGUUUGUUUUCGGCUAUCUUAUUGUUUGCCAAGAACAAAGGAACGAACGUGGCUGAACUUUCCAUUAACUUUAAAUGAAACCUUCUACAUUACCUUUUUUAAUAGCUUUAGUGAGCUUCAAACUUUUUCAGCUUCCAUGCAUGCAUUUACCGUCGGAGAAAAAACCCACAUUCGCAAAUUCGACUUCGUAUGAGCAAAAUUGUGUAUUAGACUUAUCCCUACAUUUCGAAAUGUUGAAAUAUGAGCAACUCUCCAUUAACAGGCGUAUUUUGCACUCAGAAAACUUAUCAAUCCUAAAUGAAUCAUUUAAAUUCCAAGUGGUUUUACUGUAUAUUGCUUGACUUAUGGAAACAAACCAGGAGUUAAAAAAUACUUAAAAUCUGUUCUUUGAAAAACGAGUUCGAAUUCACCAAACCGAUCUUAUAUUAACAGUACUAAUGGUGCUAACAAAAUUUUUCGCUGGCAAGAAACUAAUGAUUAUUUAUAUCACUUCCAAAACAAACCCUCAAACUACUUCAAAUUACAUGACUGAAUGUUUUUGAGGUUUGUCGCUCGGAGGUGUGAGAGACUCUUGCGAUUCAAUUUAAAGCUUUCAAAGCCCGGGGAAACCUUAAAAACACAAGACAUCAAUAAGGUACAAUGAAAUAUGUUGUUUGUCGUCGUUCGUGAUUUUUGGGACAGCUGAAAUACAUCUUAUUUUGGAAUCCAAGUUUUUUGAAAACAAUUUGUUGUGACGGAAUAUUUUAAUUAGAAUUACAUAAGUGUUUUUGGAGUGUGGAGUGAUUUCAGUCUACUUGCAGCCGUUUUCGGUUUGUCACUCAAUAUGUUUGAUCCACAAGACUGUGUGUGUGUGACAAGCCUGAAAGAAGUGCCAUCAGAUCAAGUGAUUUCUCGUGCGCUCAAAUUUUUAAAACUCCUUUCAAGAGGAAAGCAAUACAUAGUUUACAAGGGAAAAGAGAAUCCACUCUGUUGUCAGCCUUAAAUGAAUUAGGAGAGACUGGCUACCACCGAAACUUUGAGAAUGACUCUGUUCGCGUGACAACCAACGAAUUGGGGCCGACUUUACGUCUGGUGUAUAGAACACUACUAAAUGCUAUCGCCUUGCCUUUACUUAAGGUUUUUAGAGCUUUUCAAUGGAGUUUCUUAAGUCCAACACUAAAGUAAUCAGAACGGGAAAUCAUAACAAAGGGAAUAUGAGAGGUCAAAGUAAGGAAACACAUGCAAGCCGCCUAAAGCAGAGGUAAACCAACUCGCGGUUGGUUUCCAUAUUGGAUCUAAAUUGUUGAGAGGAUGAAACUCGAUUGAAAAUCUCUAUUUUAGCCGUUAAGUGAUAUGAAGUUUACCAGUGAAAAUAAGUUUUUACAAUCUUGGCUGCUAUGCAGCUGUGUUUGUGUAUUGGGACGUAAGUCUCACUUCUGCCUGUCUGAGAUUUAUGUUCAGCAAGGUAUAAGAUUUAAUGACUGUUUAUGUGCCAAACUAAAUUUUUCAUGACCAAGUACCAUAGGGUGACGUCGUGGAGAACAAUCUUACGAAGUUACUCGAUAUAGCGUUUCCCUACGUCACCUUGUCUCUCGGUUUUCCAUCGAAAUCAAGAGAUCCAAGGGAAAAGUAUGCAACAUACGAAAUAGCACCAAGAGAAUAAGUCAAAAGAGCAAUACUUAAAUUAAAAAAAACGAACGAUUUCCAAAGGCUAAGUUCAGAAAAGUGGCAGUGUGUUUUAUACUUAAUUUUACAAACAUUUUGUUUUUUUUCCCUCGAGUAUUUUGUUUUAACUGUGCAGCGAAUUGUUCCUUCAGAGAGGAGCUUAAUUUAUGGGUGUACCAGCUUAGAUAGUGCAGUUAGAUAGCUCACUUGACUAGAGAUGAGCUUUACUGGUGAAAAUGUGACGAUGCAAUGUAGACGCACAGCUCUUAAGGCUGUGUUUUGAAGUAAGAGAUGAACAAAUUCCAUCAAAACAAUAUCUCAAGUUCAUUCGAUCAAGUAAAACUCUCUUGAGCACUUCGGUCGCCUUUUUAACAUGCUAUCAUUGCGCAAAGAAUAGUGGAAUUGAUUUGUAAUUUGUUUGCUUUCCGUUUUUAGUUGUAAUAGGUUUUUGCUUAGUUAAAUCAAAUUGAGGAAAUAAAAAAGGGAAACGACAAAUUGAGA